GUAUUAAUAAUAUUUUGUCAGAUUCGUUCUGGCGUAAGGAGAUGCACUUCGCCGACUUUGCUGCGGGAUCUAUUGGAGGGGCAUGUGGGGUAGCAGUCGGUUAUCCCUUAGACACUGUAAAAGUUAGAAUUCAGACCCAGAGGCAGUUCACUGGGAUUUGGCAAUGUUUUGUGACAACCACCAAAAACGAGGGGGCACGUGGCUUCUUUAAAGGGAUGUCUUUGCCUGUCACCACUGUGUCCAUGACAUCGUCUGUGGUUUUUGGCACUUACAGAAAUUGUCUACAAUGCAUGAGUCAUUUCCGUGGAUUUGGUGCUCCAAACACAAAACUGGAUAUCCUCAUGUCCGGUUUUGCUGGGGGUGUAGCUCAGAUUUCAGUAAUGGCUCCCGGAGACAUAGUUAAAGUUCGCUUGCAGUGCCAGACAGAGUCCAUGAAGAGCGGCAUUCAUCAACCUAAACCAAAAUACAGAGGUCCUGUCCACUGUCUUCUGAAAAUUGCCCAGGAAGAAGGCAUACUGGGACUUUAUAAAGGAGCCCUCCCUUUAGCACUUAGAGAUGGCCCUUCCUAUGCCACAUACUUCCUAACCUACAUCACACUGUGUGAGAAGCUUACUCCAGCCGGGCAAAGGCAGCCAGAAUGGCCUACAGUGUUGCUGGCAGGUGGUGUGGCUGGGAUGGCUGGCUGGGCUGUUGGAACCCCCAUGGAUGUGAUAAAAGCUCGAUUACAAAUGGACGGGGCCAGAGAGAAGAAAAAGUACAGGGGUCUCCUCCACUGCAUCAGGGAGACAGUGCGGGCUGAGGGACCCAUGGUUUUCCUCAAAAGCCUUGGCAUCAACUGUUUGCGUGCCUUUCCUGUCAACAUGGUGGUUUUCGCCAUGUACGAGCUUACAGUACGCAUUCUCAGGUCAGCCUCUCAGGGAGAUGUGUCAGAAACCAAACCAUUAAGUUAACAAUACACUGCGGGUAGUAACCACUGAGCUGAAUGAGCGAGUUGAUCACGCACAGAAAAAUGAUCUACCAUGUGCUGUCCAUGUCUCAAUAACCGUAUAGUCAUGAAUGUAAAUCAUUUGCUUACUGAGAGAGAUAGAUAAGCAUAUCGUCUCUCCAGGAGCAUGGGAGAAGUGUAGAGAUGAAUGUUUACUCUGAAUGAUUCAACAUCAAGAUAGGUAAUUACCAGAAGAGAGGCCAUUUUCUUCAUCACUGUGCUCUUUAUAGUUUUCUUAUUCUGCUGCCUAAAGGAAAGAAAACUAUAUUCCUAGCUAUGGCUCCUCUCAACUUUCAAAGCCAAUUAGGUAAGUCAUCAGGCCCUAGCUGUUACGUAACCAUGUGGCACCUUAUGCUUGCAGACUGUAGCCAAGUACACAUAUUUAUGACAUUAAACUUUUAAUGGACAUUAUGAUGAAAAAAUGAGGACUGUCGAAAGAAAGAUGGUAAAAUGAACAAUGAAAGGAAGCAAUUCUGACAAAAAAAGUCCCUAACACCCCCUUUGGCUCCCAAAAUGCCACCAUUUACGUAGGUCAGGGUUCAUUUUGAACUUUCAAUAGAUGUCUAAAUAUUAUUUCUCAAGAUGCUACUGAACACAGAGCCAUUAAAUAUCAAACUGAUAUCUUUA